AUGUCUGGCCGUAGGAAACUGCGAAUCAGGGAACGGCGAGCUCCGCUGGUCCCCAACUUUUCCGCUGAAGGGAGGAAGAGCUCGAUCCUCUUGGACGAGCCGAAUCCUAUACUCAACCCCGAGCUUUUUCGGAUCACGAAAGGAACACACAACGCCUUUGAUGGGAUUGAUCUGGAGAAGACUGGACUGCCUGAAGAAAAGACUGCAGAUCUGUCAGCUCUGUUGCAGGAAGAUACAUUUGACCAGGACCCUUUUCUGAAGAUGCUUUCUUCGCCACUCCGGAGAGAAACCAUAUCUUCCCGAUAUCUUCCUACGGACUUCAUGAUCCGGCUUCGUCUCGCGCGCCCAGCAAGCAUGGAGAACCUGCUAUAUUGGUAUCCCGUAUCUUCCAGUUAUGACCGCGCAACCCAGGAUGAAUCGGUAGGCGGGAGCUGGUACAUCGUCUGCUGGAAAGAAGCCAUGGACUUCUUCCGGCUCAGACAUGGGAAGAAACCCCCGAUGGCUGUACCGGAAAGCGCACGAGCACAUCGGUUUCUCUCGGAACAGGUGUAUGAGACCCUCCAACUGGCUGUACUUGAAGAACUCGAAGAGCUCAGGAAGAGGAUCGGGAACCCCUCUGAUACGUACCGACCUCUUGUCCGCCGGUUGACGAGGAACGAGCUACGAGCACUCCGGAAUGGCGAAAAGGUCGACCUUCCUGAUGCAGCAGCUGUCAUCAUGGCCGCCAAGGUGAACCCCCGCAAUAAGGCUUUGGCACAGGCGGACGAGUCGGCCCCAAGUACGUCCCACGAGCCGGCUGUGAGCAUAGAGACACAACGACCAAAACUGCCUGUGGCGACCAUGGUCUAUACUUCCCCUGAUAUUGGCCUUCCAAGGCGGCCGGUGCCUAUCUGCAACAGUAUUAUUUUAUUUCCUGAAGUUGACAAGCGGCAAGAACUGCUAUCUCUACUCGGUAACAUCCUCAAAAUCGAACGCAACGCGAAGGGUCGUGCGGGCGAUGCGCCCUCCUCGGGGAAACAGAGCGACGAGGGGGAGAAGGCAUCUCACGCGUAUCUUAUCAACCUGGAUCGGAGUGCUUCGAGGCGGGCGAGCACAGUGCCCCUUCUUAUCGCAUUAUGGAGGAUGCGUCUGUGGCAUGGACAAGGAUGGACGGUGGACGGAAGCGGGUCACUUCGGCCUCAGCAAAGUGACGAGAGUGCGCUGGGCGAAGAUAAAAGCGGGAAUGGGAGCAAUGUAACCGACUGA